AAUAUAUCCACCUCUGACAUCAUGAACAGGUCUACCACAGAGGUUUCUGAUUCAGAGGCUGCAAAAGAGAUGGUAGGAAAUGCCUUGCUUACAAAACCUGGAGGUGAGGACGUCCUUGACGAGUACAAGUCCGAAAAUUCAUUGAAGCACCGCACCCGUAGACAGCGUCAUAUGACUGAAAUGCAUGGGAGGAUUCCUUCCCGUAAACAGAAGGAGAAGUUUGCCCUGGGAAUCAUUAAACUCUUUCCUUCACUAAAAGAUCCCUUUUCUCCAAAUGGCUAUCUGAAUCAAGACUUCCUGCUGCUGUUUGGUGCUGAAACAGCCGCCAUGAUGCUUGAGAAUUGGGAUACAGCAUUCAAGCCCAAGGUUAUCAAUGAGACCAAACACCUGACUCAGACAGCUGAACUGUGCCGACUUCUGACGGCGGCUGAAAACCUUGCAGAGAACGAUCACAGCAACUGGGACAGUGACAUGGCUUCUCUGCUGCUCCUUCUCCAUCUCUUGCCACCCACAGCUGAAUGUAAGAGGCUCAAAAUAAGUCCCAGUGAUGCAAUGGGCAACAUGUUGCACUUUCACAAGUCAUGCUGCAGCAUCGUUGAACACCUGCAGGGCAGAGUGGCUGAACAACCAUACAUCCUUGCUGUUGACCGAACCCAAAACCGAAUUGAUGCCUUCUACAUCGUAGUGGACAAACGGCUCAUCCCGUGCAACGCCACCAGCUCGUUGGGUGCUUUUGAUGAACUGUUUGAAUCCCACUAUGUGUUCAACCUCUCCUAUGAUGAAACCCUUGUCCCACGCUUUACUUUCGUGCAGACCACUGUCUACAACAUCGAUGUUACAACAACAGAUGAGUCUCAAAGAGUCCGUAAGUCAAGAGCAAAAGUCUUAAACUAG